AUGUCUGCCCUAAAGUUGCCUGUUGUCCUUCUUGUGCUGUCUGUCACAUUCAAUCAUCUAAGAGCCACACCCACCGGCCAGCGGAUGGACAAGCAGGUGGACAAGCGGGCCUGCAACACGGCUACCUGCACCCACCGCCUGGCCAACUUCCUGGUGCGCUCCAGCCACAACCUGGGAGCUGUACCUCCUCCCACCAACGUGGGCUCCAACACUUAUGGCAAGAGGAGCGGGGCCGGGUCUAUUUGCAUGCAACAGGCCCCAAUGCACACCGGUGAAAUGAAGAUCUUUACCAAUAAUGGGCAAGCAAAUGAGUGA